AUGUCGGGGUGCGGCGGCUCCGGCCCCGCCGCGGCCCCGCGGGUGCGGCCCCGCGCGGCGCUGAUGGCGCGGCGGCCCGAGGUGCUGUGCGGCGCGGCCAUCGUGCUGGGCUGCGCCUUCCUCGUCGCCCUCAAAGUCACCUGCAGCCGAGCGAAGGAUGUGACGAUGCCAGCGAAGCUUCCCGUGAAUUUUUUCUCGCCGAGGUCUCCGGUCGUGGAUCUGUUCCGGGGACAGUUGGACUACGCGGAGCAGCUCCGGCAGGACUCGGAAAUCGCGCUCUAUUUCUUCUACGCCCCGUGGUGUGGGCAGUCCAUCGCAGCCAGAGAAGAGAUAGAACACGUGGCCAGCAGGUUGUCAGACCAGGUGCUGUUUGUGGCUAUAAAUUGCUGGUGGAACCAGGGGAAAUGCAGGAAGCAGAAGCAUUUCUUUUAUUUUCCUGUGAUCCAUUUAUACCAUCGGAGUUUUGGACCAAUUGAAUACAAAGGCCCAAUGAGUGCUGUUUAUAUUGAAAAGUUUGUUCGCCGGGUGAUGACACCACUACUCUACAUCUCGUCUCGAUCAAAAUUACUAGAUUUCCUCUCAAAUUAUGAGCCUGGAGUUGUGGGGUAUUUUGAGUUCAAUGCUUCACCUCAACCGCCUGGUUAUUUAACAUUCUUCACAUCAGCAUUGCAUUCAUUAAAGAAAGAUCACCUUGGGACGCUUCGCUUUGGAGUGGUGACGGACAAGCGCGUGGCGCGGGAGCUGUCCCUGCAGCGAUCGGGCAGCGUGUACCUGCACCGGCACGCCAACACCUCCCUCAUCUAUCCAAAAGACAUCAUGAACUACACUGCUGAGAACAUCUGCAAGUGGGCUCUGGAGAACCGAGAGAUGCUCAUACGCUGGCUGAGACCACACGGUGGGAAAAGCCUUCUUCUAAACAACGAGCUGAAGAAAGGACCAGCACUUCUCAUAUUUAUACCUUACAAUCCCUUAGCAGAAAUUCAUCCUCUUUUAGAUGAAAUUACCAAAGUGGCCUUGGAAUACCACAAGUGUAACAAAAGCCAGGCAGCUGAGCCAGAUCUUCAGCUCUUAGGAGACACUGAUUCACCAGCUUCUGAUUCCUCUGUAACAGAUGCACACCCGAAACGCUCAGACCCCUUCUCCAUCGCCAGGUCCCCCUGCUGUAACACGGUGGUGCUUCCACAGUGGCAUUCCAUCUCCAGAACUCACAAUGUCUGUGAGCUCUGCGUCAACCAGACUCUUGGUGUCAAACCAAAUAAAGUCCACGUGCCACACUGUAACUUUUUAGAGAUAGAAGCAGCUUUGGACUCUUUCUACCUCCAGGAACACACCUUUUUCCAAGUUAUAUCCAAUACCAUAGAGUGCAGCAAUUUCUUAAGUUUCUAUAGUCCCUUUAGCUAUUACACUGCAUGUUGCAGGACAGUAAACAGGCAUUUUUUAAGUUUCAUUAGUUCUGAGAAGACCAUCUUUCAGACCCCCAAAGUAGCAUUUUCUUCCCAUGGGAAGAAAGAUAACACCCAAUUUUCUAUUCCUCACAUUGAGGAUAGGAAUUGUUUUAUUCCUGACCUUAAUAUUAGUAGUAUGAACAUUACUGGUCUGAGCUGCAGGACCAACAAAACCUUGAAUCUCUAUCUGCUGGAUUCAAAUCUUUUCUGGAUAUAUGCAGAGAGACUAGGAGCAUCAAGAUCUACUCAUCUUAAGGAAUUUGCUGCCAUUGUUGACAUGAAAGAAGAAGUGCACUAUGUCCUGGAUCAAAAUCAGUCACUUGUUGGACCUACCCUGGAAAACUUCAUUAAGAAUUUCAGUGUUCUCUACAGUCCCUUGAAAAGGCACCUUGUGGAUGACCCUCCCGCCCCUCCUCCCGAGCAGCAGCGUGUGCUCACAGAGGUGACGACUCACACCUUCCAUGAGACGGUGCUCUCCAGUGAGAAGAAUGUCUUGCUGCUCUAUUAUGCACAGUGGUGUGGAUUCUGUGCUUCUCUUAAUCACAUCUUCAUUCAACUUGCUCGGCUUCUGCCUCCAGAUAAUUUCACUGUGGCAAGAAUUGAUGUAACUCGAAAUGACCUUCCCUGGGAAUUUAUGACAGACCGUCUCCCAACCAUUUUGUUUUUUCCUCAUCAGAGGAAGGCGCAAAGUGUGAAGUUCCCUGAAGACUUUUCAGUUAACCUGCCCAAUCUCCUUAAAUUUAUUUUACAUCACUCAAGUCUUUCUGCAUCAGAGCCCUGUACCAAAGAGUGCCAACAUAAAGAGUCGGUUCUGCAGCAAGGACACAUCUCACACUUGGAGAGAGAAAUUCAGAAGCUGCGAUCAGAAAUCAGUGCCCUGCACCAGGCCCACGAGCAGCUGGAGGCACAGCUCUCUGAAGCCCGGAGGGACGAACAGAGACUGCAGCAGCAAAAACACACACUGGAAAAGCAGCACAAGACUCUGCAGCUCCACAGUGAGCAGUUACAGGCCACCUAUGACCAGAAGAAUCAAGAAUUGCUAGAAAUGGCUGAGAAGCUUCAAGAAUUAGCUGAUGCAUCAGAAAACCUCCUUAAAGAGAAUGCUUUACUGAGAAUUCUGGUGGCAGCGAGGGAAGGAAAGCUACAGAGCAGAGACGAAAUUAAAGAAUCCCUUCAGUCUGAGCAAACACUUUCUGAAGAUAACAAUGUGUCACCUUCAACAGCUACUGCCACAUUAGAGGAAAAAAGGAUUGAUAAUAUUGAUACCACAGAGACAGAGCACAGUAGUGGAAACAGGACAGAAUGACUGCUUACAUAAAGUCAAAUGUUUGGGUAGGU